GCACAUGCGUCCUGAGCCCCGGCGCCUGGCCGGGCGGCGCGCGCGCCGAAGCCGGACGCAGGCCUGGCGGAAGCGGACCCGGCGGGCCGGGCAGCGGGAGCUCAGCGCAAGGCUUUUAAAGAGACCGUCGCCACCGAGGCGUUCUCGCCAGCGCGUGUGGCUGACGGGUGCCCAGCAUGGCUCGCCCGCCCGCGCCCGGCUCGGCCAUUGUCCCAGACUGGCACGAGAGCCCCGAGGGCAAGGAGUUCCUGGCCUGCGUCCUGCGCAGGAGCCGCCGGCGGCUGUUCGGGCUGCUUGAACGGCCAGUGCUGCCCCCGUCUGUGGCCAUUGACACUGCCAGCUACAAGGUCUUCGUGUCUGGGAAGAGUGGCGUGGGCAAGACAGCGCUGGUGGCCAAGCUGGCCGGCCUGGAGGUGCCGACGGCGCACCAUGAGACCAUCGGCUGCACGGCCCCUGGUGCCCCGGGUGUGGGCCCUGUGCAGGCAGGGACGCUGCUUCGGCACAGCCAGGGCUCCCAGGCCGGAAUUCUCCCAGGGAUCCAGACCACCGUGGUGUUUUGGCCGGCCAAGCUGCAGGCCAGUGACCGUGUCGUCAUGUUCCGCUUUGAGUUCUGGGACUGCGGCGAGGCGGCACUCAGAAAGUUCGACCACAUGCUGCCGGCCUGCAAGGAGAACACAGACGCCUUCCUCUUCCUCUUCUCCUUCACCGACCGUGCCUCCUUCGAAGACCUCCCGGGCCAGCUGGCCCGCGUCGCGGGCGAGACCCCUGCUGUUGUCAGGAUGGUCAUUGGCUCCAAGUUUGACCAGUACAUGCACACAGACGUGCCCGAGCGCGACCUCACGGCCUUCCGGCAGGCCUGGGAGCUGCCCCUGUUGCGGGUGAAGAGUGUGCCCGGGCGGCGACUGGCCGACGGGCGCACGCUGGACGGCUGGGCCGGGCUGGCUGACGUCGCCCACGUGCUCAACGGGCUCGCCGAGCAGCUGUGGCACCAGGAUCAGGUGGCUGCCGGCCUGCUUCCCAACCCGCAGAGAGCGCCGCCGGCUGAGGAGGGUGGCAUCACGAGUGGGCACCCGUGACCCCACUCCCGACCCUGACCCACGAGGGAGGACAGGGCCCGGCGGCUAAGGCCGGACAACAGUGUGACCUCAUCCUCAGGACUGGCCCGGGAGGCCUGGGCGGGGAGGGCGGGGCCUGAGAAGGCGCCCGCCCCAGAGGGCCCUCCUUGCAGGAUUCAGGGUGACAGCGAGGUGGGGGCUACCCUGGAGCUCAGACUCCUCCCCCAGCCACCCCCACCCUUUCCCAUGGGCCAGCACCCACGGACCACGGGGAGGGCACAGCAGGGUCCUGGACCUCAAGUGGCUUUGACCAAGAGCCUGGAUUGGGGUGGGCUCAGCAGGUGAGUCGCCACCUGGGACAGCCGCAUCCCGAAAUGGAGUGCGCGGCUUCAAGUUUCACUCCACUUCCGCCUCAGCUUCCCGCUGAUGUGAUGGCCCAGGUACUUGGGUCCCUGCCACCCCCAUGGGAGACCCCUAUUGAGUUCCAGUUUCCUGGCUCCAGUCUGGGCCAACCUCAGCUUCUGCCAGUGUUUGGGGAGUGAACAAGCAGAUGGAUACGUCUCUGUCUCUCUUUCCCUAUCUUUAUGGCUCUGCCUUUCAAAUAAAUAUGAACAGAUAACAUCAGGGGCCGGGUUGGGCCACCGUCUAGGAUGCCAACAUCCCAUAUGAGUGCCGGGUCAAGUCCCGGCCGCUCCACUUCCCACCCAGCUCCCUGCUAAUGCACCUGAGAAAGCAGCAGAAGAUGGCCCAGAUAAUUGGGCCUGCCACCCACGGGGAGACCCGGGUGAAGCUCCAGGCUCCUGACUUUGGCCCAGCACAGCCUUGGCUGCUGUGGCCAUUUGGGGAGUGAACCAAUGGGUAGAAGAUCUCUCUGUCUCUCCCUCUCCCCCUCUCUCACUGUAACUCUGACUUUAACACACACACACACACACAAAACUUCACAUCAAUAAAGACUUUUGAGAAAGA